UCCUUGCAGGAGGGAAACUUCUCCCAGCAACUUUUUUUUUCCCCCUUUUUUUUUCCCUCCCUGUGUGUGUGUGCGUGGUGCGUGUGUGUGUGUCUCCCUUUUGGGUACCGCUGGCUGCCGCUGCCUCCUUUUCCUCCAGCCCCUGUCUAUUUAUGUGUGUAUCUAUCCCUCCUCAAGUCACUGCCUGCUGCAAACUUCCCCGGAUCGUCUCCCGCGCACCGGAGAGAGCCAGGCAGAGAUUCGGCAGGGGACUCUCGCCGCGGCAGCAUGUUUCAGCCCACACCCAAGCGGUGUUUCACCAUCGAGUCGCUGGUGGCCAAAGACAGCCCCUUGCCCGCGUCUCGCUCCGAGGAUCCUAUCCGGCCGGCGGCGCUCAGCUAUGCCAAUUCCAGCCCGAUGAACCCUUUUCUCAACGGCUUCCACUCCACUGGCAGGGGGGUUUACUCCAACCCGGACUUGGUCUUUGCAGAGGCCGUCUCUCACCCGCCCAACCCGGCCGUGCCGGUCCACCCCGUGCCCCCUCCCCACGCCCUGGCCGCCCAUCCGCUGCCCGCUUCGCACUCCACGCACCCGCUCUUCGCCUCGCAGCAAAGGGACCCCUCUACCUUCUACCCCUGGCUAAUACACCGCUACCGGUAUCUGGGCCACAGGUUCCAAGGGAAUGAAACAAGCCCGGAGAGCUUCCUAUUGCACAACGCACUGGCCAGGAAACCCAAACGGAUCCGUACAGCUUUCUCCCCAUCCCAAUUACUGAGACUGGAACAUGCCUUUGAGAAGAACCAUUAUGUAGUAGGAGCAGAGAGAAAACAGCUGGCACACAGCCUCAGCCUCACGGAAACUCAGGUAAAAGUAUGGUUUCAGAACAGACGGACAAAGUUCAAGCGGCAAAAGUUGGAAGAGGAAGGUUCAGACUCACAACAGAAGAAAAAAGGGACUCAUCACAUUAACCGGUGGAGAAUCGCCACCAAACAAGCCAGUCCAGAGGAAAUCGACGUCACGUCGGACGAUUAAAAACUGACACUUUUGGGACUUUUCGAAGCCAGCACCCCACCAACAGAAAGUGUUAACGGCUCACAUUCCCCCCCCUCGGCGUGGCGGUGCGGGGAAGGGACAUGGAGAUCUCCAUCAAACCCGCUAUCCCUGCCGGGGCGGGCGGCCUGGAGCGAGCGGGGUGAGGCGGCGAGAGGUGCGGGCCGAGGCCCCGCUCGGCACGGCGGGACCUGUCAAUCCACCACCGGGACGAGGCGAUUGACAGGUAUUCCGUUUCUCGCAGUCCACUUUUAAAAGUAUAAAGGUAAAAAGAAUAUUGACAACAAAAAUACCCUUAAAAAGACACAAAACAAAAGCCAACAAAAAGCGAAACAAAAAAAUAACCCCCGAACCGAACCAGAAAAAUUACCACCUUACAGGACAUUUUGCACUUCACAGGUUUUUUCCGUCUUUGAAAGAGAGAUUUCCCUAAGCAGCCCAAACCCACACCUGUUUCAGAAACUUGAAUUGCAUGUGUAAAGCCGUCUGGGCGGAUAAAAAAGAUUUAAGAAAAGGCAAAAAAAAAAAAAAGGCAAAAAAGAAAAACGGAAAAAAAAAGACCCCGUUUCCUAAAGACAGAAAUGAAUUGUAUUUUUUUUUUUCCCUUUAAGACAGGUUCUGUGUGCUUUUUAAUUUUAUUUUACGAGAAAUGUGCAGUCUGUAAACAUUUUAUGAUAACUUCUGGCGUCAAAGUGUUUGUGAAAGCUAAAAUGAAGUAGCAGUAACAAAGCAUCGUGUUCCUUCCGGAUGGACAAACACGGUGGGGCUGGGGAGGGACGGGAGGGAGCGAGGGGAGGG